UGUGGUCAGAUGUCCUGCGGGUUCAAGCACUCCGCGGUGGUGACCGCUGAUGGGAGGCUGUUCUCCUUUGGGAACGGGGACUAUGGCAGGCUUGGGCUGGGAAACACCUCCAACAAGAAGCUCCCUGAGAAGGUCACUGCGUUGGAGGGGUACCAGGUUGGACAGGUGGCGUGUGGUCUGAAUCACACCGUAGCCGUCUCCGCCGAUGGAAUGAUGGUCUGGGCCUUCGGAGACGGAGACUACGGGAAACUGGGCCUGGGGAAUUCUACCGCCAAGUCCUCACCUCAGAAGGUGGACGUUCUCUGUGGCCUCGGCAUCAAGAAGGUGUCCUGUGGAACUCAGUUCUCUGUUGCCCUCACUAAAGAUGGCAACGUGUACACGUUCGGACAAGACCGACUGAUAGGGCUGCCGGAAGGCCGGGCCAGGAACCACAACCGUCCCCAGGUGGUGCCAGCUCUGUCUGACGUGUUUAUACAGGAUGUGGCUGUGGGGGCCGAACACACACUGGUCCUGUCCUCCACCGGAGAGGUCUAUACCUGGGGCAGCAACUCAGAGGGACAGUUGGGUCUGGGCCACACCAACCAUGUGAGAGAGCCCACCCUGGUGACAUCACUACAGGGGAAGGACAUUCACCAGGUCUCUGCUGGUCGCUGUCACUCUGCUGCCUGGACCGCUCCGUCUGUCCCUCCCCGGGCUCCGGGUUCCUCCGUACCCCUCCAGCUAGGCCUGCCGUCAGCGGUGCCUCCCCAGUUCAGCUCUCUGAGAGAGGUCAGCAUGGAGGCAGUCCGGGCCAGACUACGUGUUCUUUAUCACUUCUCUGACCUCAUGUACUCAUCAUGGAGAUUACUCAACCUCAGCCCAAACAACCAGCCCCAACAACCAGGUAACCACCCCUCCCUCAACCUCAGCCCCAACAACCACACCUCACACAACCUCAGCCCCAACAACCAGAUUGAGAUGAUGUUCUACAUCUGA